AUGGCCGACCCUGAGUGGAUAAAGCUGCACCCGCCGAUCAACAAGACGCUCUCUCACGACGCCCGCGUCGGCGUCGCAGUCGCCACGGCUACGCUAGCGUCGUUCGCGCUCGUCGGAAACGCGCUUGUCGUCGUCGCGGCGGCGCGCUACCGCUACAGAACAGAAUAUCCUCUUCCUGAGGGCUGGAGGCAAACUCUGCCGGAAGCGGAUCACAGAUGGGUUUCCCGUGCCCUGUUCCAUUUCUCGAGCAGAGGGAUGCCGGAAUUGGAUUCCGUCAAGCUGACUCAGCAGUGGUUCUACCCACCACAGCCACUCCUGAACUGCGACCAAGCACCUCGUCCAGAUCACUACUUCGCUAGCCGUCUGCUGUUGUGGAUGCCUCAGAGGAUGUGGAAGGUCCGGCUGCUUUGUCCUCACCCACGCUGUCGUGGGCAGGAGUUGACAGGUGCCGGUAUCUACCCACGCCUCCGACAGGUUCUCGACAUAGACGGCUUUUACCAUCUAGCCGCGGAGUAUCUGGAGUGCAAGAACUGCAAUGGGAAGCUGAUCUCGUGGUCUAGAGCCAUAGUGGAGCAGCUUGACGUUGGUCACCAAGUCCAGUUUCGGGUGCUCUUGACAUACCGAAACGCCUGCGACGUCCGCGUCAUCGCCCUCAUGCGUCAACGCACGCUUGGGAACAGCGCCACCGCGCUGCAGCAGAGGUUGGAGGAGGCACACUCCGAUGCGUGGCUUCGGAAUGCGUGUCACUACCUGGCAGACUGCAAGGCAUUCAAGGAUGCCCAGGACCGUCAUCUACUGUGCAGUAUGCCAGCCUUCCAGGACCCUCCGACGGCUCGACCCGUUCCCAAGGCUGCUUGGUUGCUGAGGGUGUACUGCAGCGACGUCAUGCGGCGAAUCGAUGAAGUCAAGGCAUCGAUCACCUCCACCUACGGUAGAGUCCUGAAGAUGGACUCUACUAAGAAGGUGGUGCGGAAACUAGCCGGUCACGUGAACGGAACGGCGGCGUGGGCCACGAACAUUGGCAACGAGUAUGGCCAGGUUUUGAACAGCGUGCUGACCUCUGGAAACGGUUUCGGUCUCGCACCCAUGGUGAGUGGCAUUGUCAAACGCUACUCCUCUGCAGGUAUUGCACCUCCAGAAGUCCUUUACGUGGGCCGUGGUUGUUGCGGUGACCCCCGGAUCCGAGACAUAUUCGCUGCCUGGCCAGAUCUCAUCAUCCGCCUUGAUGUGUGGCACUUCAUGCGCCGUUUGGCCGCUGGCUGCACGACAGAGUCUCACCAGCUCUACGGAGUCUUCAUGAGUCGUCUCUCUGCGUGCAUAUUCGAGUGGAGUGGGGAGGACCUGCAGGCGUUGAAAAAUGCCAAGCGGUCCGAACUGCUCGCUCAGCACGUGGAGGACCCAUCGGAGGAUGAUGUUGUCCGGCGGCUCUCUAAGAAGGAGCUUGCCCUUCACUGCCGGCGCAAGACCCGCGGCACCGCGGAGUCUACGCGGCUAAUUGGGGAGCUGCUGGAUGCAUUCACUGGUGAGCAGGGAUGCGAUACCAGCGGCACACCGCUUCUCGAUGCGAAGCGCAUGACGGUGCUCUGGGAAUCGCAGGAGCAACACGUGGCCUGCAUACAGGAUCCUGCGGAGUGCCAGCUCUACACCCAGACUGGGACCCGCGUCAAGGGGACAGUUAGCUUGCCCGUGUACACGUGUGCUCGAGGUUUGUCCAGUCUCGAAUCCUUUCACCUGCAUCUCGCCAGGUUCAUACCAGGUACAAGUGCUAGUGAUGUACACUACCAGAUGUACCUGCUGGAGGGCCUGGCGAGAUGGAACAAGGAUCGAGCCAAAGCCACCAAGAGCGAGCCAGACUGCCGCAGUUACAACAGCCGCAGUUACAACAGCCGCCUCAUGCAUGCGUGCAAUGAGUUGAGCUCCGCUGUGCUAGGCAAGACGCUCAUCUCUGGUUUCGACGUCCCUGCAGCUUACACGGGAGAGCUCAUUGGUGUCGAAUACCUGUACAGCCAGACUGGUGCGGUGCUUCAGGACCUCGCUCUGGAUCCUGAUAGCAGGGAGGCCGCCCAGUACGAGGCUACGGACGACAUCAUUGAUGCUGAGGCUGACGAAAGCUUUGCAGACGCGGGUUUAGCUGACGACCUGACUCUACCUCCGGUAGAGCGUAGCGUUCGUCUUCCGUCGAACCCUGUGACUCGGCCGGACACGCAGCCCCUCAUUACUGACUCGAGUGCAGCUACACCGGAGGGCUUGGACUCGGUAGCCGAAGAUUCGGUCGGACCUGACAACAUCGGCGGUUUCGCCAGAGACGCCGAUGACAAUGCGCCAGAGACGACUCUGUGGUACAGGGCCGAUGGCAGCUGGAGUAAGCUUGCUCUGCCACCUGCAUCGAUAUCUGUGCCACUGGCCACAGACGUCUCUCCACAGUGCAUCAGCGUCCCACUACCGGCAGCCGCCAGCGCAGAUCGUCUUCCAGCCGCAUGGGCUCUCUCUGCAGUGGCGCAAGCAGCUGAUCAGCCGCAGCACACUUAUGAGCCGCCCGAUAACACCGCGGGCCAAAUGCAUGCUGCAUGCAGAAAGCUUGCGCUGCCACCUGCAUCAAUAUCUGUGCCACUGGCCACAGACAUCCCUUCGUGCAGCAGUCAGGCAGUCUACACCAGCAAUGCCUAUGUGCCAAGGACGACUCUGUGGUACCAGAAGCGCAAGCUAGCCCGCGCGCAAGCAGGCCAGAUAACCCGUGCCUACAGGAAAAGAGCACCCACCGUGUGCAAGAAAUGCCAAAAGGAGCGGGGCCCGGCACAGCACAGACAGUAUUACGGGAACUGGUAUUGUGCUGCAACGUCGACCGUUCCAUUCCAGCAGUGGUGGGCCGAGAUGGAAGAGAAGCGACGGGCGAAUAGGCGGCAAUAA